AUGAACCUAACACCGUCGCAACUUUCCGAAAGCAUUGUUGAAACAUAUUUAGAUCAAAAUACUGACUUUACUCGUGAGUAUUUCGCGGGGAAAUUUUCGCGUGCUUCUUCGUCGCGUGUUGUACUUGAAACAAGUGGAGUGAUGAGUUCGCCAUGCACCUCGGCUGUCAAAAAUCCAAGCAAACACUGUCAGGUGUUAAAGCCCCUUCGAGGCUCCGUGUCUAUAAUGAAUCCCGAAAAAGUACGAGGGAUUUUCGAUCCAGAAACGGCUCCUGAGUCGGGGAAACUCUACACGGAUUCGUCGACAAGCAUGACGCCGACGCGAGCCGAUAUACGCGGACUGGACGAACGGGAAUUAUUGAUGGAGCUCAUUCGGGAAAUAUCAAACGAACUGGACGUACAACGGUUGAGUCAUAAAAUUCUCGUCAAUAUUGGGAUUUUAACGAAUGCUGACCGCUGCUCGCUGUUCUUGGCUGAAGGCUCGAAAGACAAUCGCAUCUUGGUGUCGAAACUGUUCGAUGUCACGUCGGAAUCUACGCUUGAGACUACGCUACGUGAAAACAAUGAUCGCGUAUACACGGUGCCUUUUGGGGUCGGCAUCGCCGGGUACUCCGCACAAACUGGAGAGACUAUUAACAUCAGGGAUGCAUAUAAGGUCAGUAUGGAGGGGAUGAGUAGAUAUAGUAGGAAUGAACCCACCUCAUCCGCUCGCCCCAAUCUCGUACGCCUGUUCGCAGGCUAGAAAUUGAAAUAUUUUGGGAAUUGGGGAAUUAACAUGACACGAUCAAUUUUAAUAGAUCGUGUAUAAGAUUGCGAUGCUCCGCUGCGAUAUAUGUGAUAACAGACUGUGUUAAUAGACAUUGCUGUGUUUCAUUAGCAUGGUGAUCAACCUGGUGUUGUCAGAAUGGGGAAAUAAUUUUGAAUCAUUUCAAAUGUGGUUAUAUAGUUUUGUAUUUGUUUAGAAUUUUCUCUGGCGCUUUUUAAUAAGUGCCAACGAUUCUAAUGUUUACCAAGAACGCUUGAUGAAAACCACCAAUUCUUAUAUAAUUCGCCUUAUUCUAGUAUAUACCUUACUCAAUUACUGUCUCUAUUUUGCCAGGUUGUACUGCUCUGUUCUUUACCAUAAUUUACUGUAAUAUACUGCAUGUACUGUACUUGCGCACUUGUUGUGUCGUACUGUCGUGGUCAACACGUUUGCCUUUCAAGCGGGAGACCAGGGUCCAAUCUUUGGUCGGACUUCUACUCAAGGUCUUAAAAUAAUUGAGGAGAAAGUGCUACCUUUACAUUGACAUCAGUAAAUGGUUAGACUUUCUCGGACGAGGGUGUUAAAACCUCGGAUCCCUUAUCAACUGCGAAAUAGCCUGUUGGGAAAUUAGCUCACCAAUGAGUGAGAAACUCGAUAGACUAAAUGCACUUGUACUGUAGUGUACUGUAGGGUACUGUACUGUACUGUACUGCUACUGUACUGUACUGUAAUGUACUGUACUGUACUACUGUACUACUGUACUGUACUACUACUGUACUACUACUAAAACCUCGGAUCCCUUAUCAACUGCGAAAUAGCCUGUUGGGAAAUUAGCUCACCAAUGAGUGAGAAACUCGAUAGACUAAAUGCACUUGUACUGUAGUGUACUGUAGGGUACUGUACUGUACUGUACUGCUACUGUACUGUACUGUAAUGUACUGUACUGUACUACUGUACUACUGUACUGUACUACUACUGUACUACUACUACUACUGUACUGUACUACUACUACUACUGUACUGUACUAUUACUGUACUGUACUAUUACUGUACUAUUACUGUACUACUACUACUGUACUGUACUUUUACUGUACUACUACUACUGUACUGUACUUUUACUGUACUACUACUACUGUACUGUACUACUACUACUGUACUGUACUAUUACUGUACUGUACUAUUACUGUACUGUACUGAUACUGUACUGUACUGUACUACUACUGUACUGUACUACUACUGUACUGUACUACUACUGUACUGUACUACUACUGUACUGUACUAUUACUGUACUGUACUAUUACUGUACUGUUACUGUACUACUACUGUACUGUACUACUACUGUACUGUACUACUACUGUACUGUACUACUACUGUACUGUACUACUACUGUACUGUACUACUACUGUACUGUACUACUACUGUACUGUACUACUACUGUACUGUACUAUACUUGUACUGUACUUUACUAUUUUGCAAAACAGUUGCCAUCGUACUUUUAGUUGUAUAAUUAACUGACUUUUGACUUCACCUCCGUGGGUUAGUGAUAAAUUUAAUUUCAAAAAAGUGAUUUAACCCACCCAUUGCCCAAAUACCUCCACCACUGCAGUAUAAUAAUACUGAAAGAAGUUUCUCGAAACGUUUUAAACACUACAAUUAUCAUUCAUAUAAAACCUUUGACUUUGCUAUUUUUAAUUUUGAUUAAGUGUUAACUUGAAACUCGGUGAUUACAAUAACAUGAGAAAAUGACCAUGACGUCCCAAAUUAUAUAUCUCUUAUAAAUUUUUAACUUGUUGGUUUUGGGAUGACAAGCACAAUGUCCGUUUUAAAUUAUAUAGUGGACAAUAACGGCCGCAAUUAUAAUAGAUUUGCUUGUGCCUUCUUUGAUUAGCAAACGUCGUUGUACUUAAUUUAAACCUGGUGGCACAUGCGGUAAUUUUAUCAGAAAGGAUUGACAAAUAUUUUCAGUUGUCGUUUAAAUCGUAAAACCACUGCUGUGUGAACAAAUCACCUUGUUAAUACUGUCGGCUCUACAUUGGGUAAGUUAACCAAAAUAUCCGAUAUGUAAUACAUGUGUGUAUAAAUAUUUGCCGGCAGAGACUUGUAUGACUUAUGAAACCUAAUACAACUUCGCGAGACCGUAAUUUAUAUAUCGUAGGUUAGACUUGACGACGUGUGACUUUACAUGUGGUUUCGAAAAACUUGAUAAAACAACCGUAAAUACAUGCUACAGUUUUAAAUUGAGUCCUAAGACAGUUACUCUGCUACUUUCUGUUAAAAAAAUGUGUUUUAUACAUCUAUUUUCGUUCCAUGGGGCGUAAAUUACCAAAUUUUAAAUGAAUUCUAUUCUUGCCAGCUGCAUGUUUUCGUUAUAAUUAUACUUUCAAUUAAUUUGUUGCCAAGCAAUUUUGACUAAAGCGCCUGACCUUGUGUUUCAUAUUAAAUGUUUAAGGUUUUAUCAAGGGUGGGCUGAAAUGAAAUAGCGCAAAUCGUCUAUUUUUGCUCGUAAAAAGGAUGCCUAUAUAUAGGGAUUAUAGCCCAUGACCAAAAAUGAAAAUUUCGUUUCGCACAAACUAAACUUCGUCAUGAAGAGUCCACCUUAUAACUUUGACGUUUAUAACACAUGACUGUUUGUAACACCUUUAAAACACUCGUGGAGAAAACGCGAAAUUUCGGGCUGCAUAAGCAGGCUAUGACAACACACACGAAGACAAAAUUAAUGAACUUCCAGACCAAAAGUAUUCUCUCGAAACAUAGACUUUUCUUAAUCGUUUCUGGCCAUUCUAACCUCGAUUUUAACCAAAAGCAUUACAGCUUAAUGUAGAAUAACACUUAGUAAACCCCGAUCAAACGAAUGAAUAAUUUGAUAAAUGCAGAGCUUAAAUUCGAUGAGAUUCGAUGAUGUUGAUAACACAUUAUCGAACAAUGAAAAUCAAAUGGACAAGGUCUUGUCAACUACUAUGGGAAUAGACCCUUCUGUGCUUGGCCUUGACUAUGCAACCUCGUUUUCGAGAUUGAGAUAUCGGCUUUAGAGCCCUUGAAUCCUUUAUCUAAUAACUGAUGAUCUAAUUAUAUAAAGAUCUUUUAUAUUAUCUAAUAUAACCGUGUGAUUUCGUAAAUGUGACGUCGGCUGUAACAAGAUAAAAGGCUCUAAACCCAAUAUCUCACGAAAACGAAGCGAAAGUUGAGUAUUCUCCGGAAGGGUGUAUUAAAUUGUUGAAGAACGUCAGAUUUAAAUUGGAAUUUAUUCUUUGUUUUUGUAGGAUCCUAGAUUCAAUGCAGCCAUUGAUAAAGAAACAGGAUACAAAACACAUAGCAUUGUUUGUAUACCAAUAAAGAACCGCGAGAAUCAGGUACAAAGUGAUGUUUAAUAUAGAGAGGUUCAGAUUUGACUUCCACUACCGCUACCUCUCACUGGCUUACUACGCCUCUGAUUGGUUAAUCGGAUAUAUCCAACGCAUCUGAUUGGUUAAUGAAUGGUAGUGGUAUAGCGGUAGAGGUAGUUGAAUCUACCACUCCAAUAUCUUCUGUAGUUCUAGGGCCGGUUGUACGAAGGCCAGACAGCGAUUUUUUCAAACCUUCUAAAAUUUUAAAGUUUUGGUAGAACAUCGAUUUUCGCAUUGCAUGUUUAAGGAUAGGUAACGUACAGUGAAAACUUGUCCAACAUUUUAAAAACGUGCCAGCGAAUCUUUCUUCUCAUCUUUGUUCAUGUAUUCCUUCUCUUCAUUUUUCUUCGUUCAUUCCUACUUUUCUUCAACCUUUCUUUCCUAAAUUCCUUCAUUAACCUCUUUCCUGCCUUCUUCUUCCUUUCAUCUCCUUUCCUGUUUGACUCUCUUUCUCCCCAUCUUCUAUUCUUCCCUACUCUCGUUCCUUUUUCUUCCUGCCUUCUAUUGUUUAUAUUUUCUUUCUAACUUUCUGCUCAACUUUCUUCUCCACCCUUUUAUCCUAUUCAUUCCUCUCGUUCAUUUUCCUACCAUGUUCUGUCGUUCUCAUUUUUUUUCAUUCGUCUUUUCUUAAACUAGUGGCAAUUUUCACCUUGUGGCGUUUCAGGCUUUUUUCCUUUCUUCCUUAGAUAUUUCAUCCAACUCAUUUUACACAAUUUUUAUAUAAUUUUUUAUGCACGCAUCUGAAUGUUAUUUUGCAAGAUCUUGUAUUUGAUCUACACUCACGGUUGAUAAUAAAAAAACAAGAUGUAUAUCACCGUGCUUUCUCUAAACAAAUCACGCCGAUACGUGUAUAUAUAUAGCUACGUCGCGUAGCACCUUGCAAUCUAUUCAUACCCUGUCAUUAUUUCGUAUUGCCUCAUCCAAAUGCGAUCGUCAUUAACACUUUAAUUGGCCUCUUGAGAGGUUUUUUAUUGAUAGAAUAUUGAAAUUAAUGGCUGUGUUAUACAAAAGUUUAUUUGUUGUACAAUUGUACCACAUAAGUGCUCGUUUGUUGCUAUAUAUACUUGGUUGUUUGCUGUAACCAUUGUGGACUAUAAGCAGUAUAGGUGUUCACUUUUACUGCGAGGAGGAAUUGUAUUCACAAACCACCGGCUUAGUUUAUUUGUCGAACGCUACCUAAAGGUUUCUGCAGUUCAGGUAAUAAAUUAUUUACAUUCAACAGCUUUAAAAUAUUGCUCAUGUUAUCUAGCUGUUGCAAAGCUGAUUGUUUGCCAGAAGGUCCACACUUUUCAACCGUUGAAACUUUUUUACAUAACAUGUUUAGUCACACAUAGUGUUCGGUUGCAUGUAAUUGUAAUGUCGUGAAUUAGUACUCGUUUUUGUAAGAAAACGAAUACGUGAUACAAAUAAUGUUUUUGUAAUCCAUAAAGAUCAUAUCUAACCUAUAUAGGACCAGGAUAGGACAAUUUCCAAUAUUAUAUAGAUCGCUAUUCUAGCAAAUUUGUAUAUUUAAAUUCGCAUCUUUAAUUUAUUUGCAGACAUUUAGUUUUGUGAAAAAUAUAUAAAUCUAGUUAGUGUGAUGGUGUUAUAUAUGCCGAGGUUAUUUUGGUUGUCAUAGCAAGCCGUCACAAAAAAUGAUUAAUUUUGUACGUUAUUUUUGCCGCUUUCUUAUGCAAAUCAAGUUAAGAAUGGCUUAAAUGCGUCAUUCAGAUAACGUUUGAAUAAUUAAUAACAAAAUCUGGAGUGCAAUUAAGACACUUAUAUAAAGUUAUAUUGUAAGGCCCGUUUGCAAUUUAUGCUGCGAUUUCUAAAUCAUUUUCCUUCUUCUGAUGCAUGUGAAAGAGUAUAUGAGUUAUGAAUGGUCUGAGUGUAUGUAUCCUCCACGUUAUGAAUGGUCUGAGUGUAUGUAUCACCGAACAUUCAUAACGCAUCCACAAGUUUACACCCACCAGAAGACGAAAAUCGCAACAAAAAUUGCAAGUGCGUGCAAACGGGCUGUCAUUGAACUAUAAGAAAGAGCUAUGGAAUGCUCCAAGUAUGAAUUGAUAACUGACGUUCUGCCUUGCACUGUUCAAUCAAAAGAAGCUUCCUUCCUUCCUCUUAACGCGUCGUGAACAUGCAUGUACUUAUGUAUGAUCUUACUCUGCUGGUAGAGGCUUCUGCUUGACCUUGCUGAUCUCUGAAACAGACUUGAUUGUCGUUUGAACCGCCUGUAUAUACUUAAAGCUGACUAUAUUGAUGGGGUUGUAGUAAGUGUCAUGCAGGGCCUGUUGUUCAAAAGCCGAUUAGCUUAACCCUAGGUUAAUCUAAAAUUCAAAGCAAACUUCCCAACGGCUUCUUUAUAAUGUGGAAAUAUUUAUUUAGGAAUCUUGCCUGGAACGCUAGGAGUUUUCUUCUCUGAAGUUUUGAAAUGAACAGACGUGGGUUAAUGCUAAUCUAGCUUUGAACAACUGGCCCGUGGUGAUCAAAGCAAGGAUAUUAAACUUCAUCUUUAUUUAUUUAUUUGCCACAACAACAUGAAACGAAUUAGCAUUAUUUUGCUCUGUUUGGUUGAUUAGCAUCUGCUGGACGAUAGUGCUAAGUGAAACCCAUACCUGGCUCUUUUUCAGGUCAUUGGCGUGGCUCAAGUGAUCAACAAGAAAUGUGGUGACCAUGAAUUCACAGAAAAAGAUGUAGAGGUGUGUUUAAAACGGAAUGAAUGAAUCCAAAAGAAAUAUUUUACAAUAACGUGUUUUUAUACUUGGUUUCUUGCUGGUGGAACAAACUUUCGAUCAAGAGUCGCUUUCCAUAUUCUUACUUCGAAAUGGCCUCACAAUGAUUAAGGGUUUGAUUAGAGAUAGAGUUAGUUAGGGGGAGAGUUAGACACAAGACCAUACAUUCAAACGUGAGCGUCAAGAGAUAGGUACUAUAUUCUACAACAAGAUGUCAUUACGCUUUGAGCAAACGCCUUUGAUCAUAGUUUAGUUCUCGGCACCUUCGCUCAAAUCCCCUAACUUUUUUUAAGAUCCAGUCUUGUGCGACUGUAAGGAUAUUUAAAACAUAGGAGUGAGGCUGAUAUAGUACAGAGCUUUAUAUCUGGCUACGAGGUCCAUUGGUCCAUUGCCAAACUGAUGUUCCAUUUUGCAGGUCGUGAAGAAUUAUUUAACUUUUUGUGGCAUUGGAAUAACAAAUGCUCAACUAUUUGAACUUUCUGUCAUGGAGUACAGAAGAAAUCAAGUAAGAAUAUUACCAUGAUAAUCUAUAUUUCUGUUUAUUCAACAACAUUUUGGAAACUUCCACGGAGGUAAUGACAUAGUCAAGAGCUGUUCUGUAUAAGUAAUUAGUUUAGUUUAGUUAUAUGUUAGUAUGUUUAUUAAUUUGCGUUUUCUGUGAACGUAAUUUUCUAUCGCAAGAUAUUAUCGUUUGAUUAUAAUGCUCUUAACCUCCGCCGUUUCUAGGUGUUACUUCAACUGGCCAAACGAAUCUUUGAAGAACAAACUAGUUUGGAUAAAGUUGUUCAUAACAUAAUGUUGGAAUCCCAGGAACUUCUGCAUUGUGAAAGAUGUUCUGUGUCGCUAGUGGAUACGUCUGUGGAAAACGUAAGUAUACGAGAAUAGAUCUCAUUGUAGUUUUUCAUUCAUGUCAUUGUGUCAUUUCAUGGGAAAUCAUAUGAAAGUGAAAUAUACAUUUGAAUACGUGGAAAAUGCUAAAUAUCUGACAGUUCGACUCAGCUUCAUGUGAGAAAAGUGCUUCCAACUUGACUCAAGCUGGAAGCACUGCGGGGCUUUCUCCUUGUAUUCCGGUUUCCUUCUCUAACACUGGACCAAUAACGGAUGAUUGCACUUUUAUCCACAGGUAGAUCAGUUUAAUUUGUCGUUUAUAUUUCAACUUGGUCUUCGAAUAAUUGAAUGCGUAAAUCAGCCAGACUUUUUACAUACAAACAUUUUUUGUUUAGGAAAUCGUCUUUUCAAAGUCGUUUGACUUGCUGCCGGAAGGAGAGAAGGAAGAAAGGUGCUUCAGUGUUUUUGAUAUUUACGGUUCAUUUGCUACAUGUGCCUUUGCGAUGUCUUACGUCAUUAUGUUAUAUUUAGAUCUGUUUUUACAUAGUUCAACCUUCUCUUUUCUUAGGUUUCCCCCAUUACCUAUUCCAUAUUGUAUCCAGCUCCAUAAUGCCUCUGAUAGGCUGUCCUUCAAUCUUUUUAUUACCCAUCCAUACCAUCUCAUCUUUGCUUCCCUUUCCUUCUCUGCAAUAUCUGCUACUCCACAUCUUUUGAUCUCUUCAUUCCUUAACGUUCCUGACCGUUUCUCCUUCAACCCUCUCAUUGCGUGUCCAUUUCAAAAUAACAUAUUUCAUUUUCCCAGUUCUCCAUCCAACUGUCAUUGGUCUUUGAAUAAUGGAAUUGCAGCGUUUGCAGCCAUGACGGGAGAAGUAGGUAUCAUCCAAAAAUAUUUUUCACCUGGGGCAAAUAAACAUUCACAAUUUUUGUUCUCUGGAAUAAUGAUGUUUUCUCUAUGUUAGACUAUCAAUAUUGCUGAUGCUUACCUAGACGACAGAUUUAGCGAGACAGUUAAAGAGGUUGGUACAAUCUUGUACAUUCUGAACUUAAAGUAUAACUCCUUUAGUUAUGCUGGUUAGUUCUAAAGUGUUUUCCCUAGAGGUGCUGUAGAGCACGUGCAUAACUACUCUGCUAUCCACACUUCCUAAUUGUACACACGCAAAAGUCUCACAUCUUGUAGCAAGUCUGCCAACAAGUUGUCUUCGCAAUGCUUGUCCCAAGUUGUCAACAAGUUUGGACAAACUGUUAACAACUUGUAACAACCUUGUUGAUAUUAUCAGACUUGUUGCAAGGUUGUUCCAACAAGUCUGAUACAGUCAUGAUAUAACAAUAUUGUUACAACCUUGUGCCGUCAACCUUGUAACAUUCUUGUUAUAUCACUUGUUACAACAACUGGGAACAAGCAUUGCGAACACAACUUGUUGACAGCUUGUGAACAGAUUUGUAACAACUUGUUUGUAGAACUGUAACAACUUGUGCGUUUUACGUGUGUAGUCAGAACGCUUGUAUUUUAUCAUAUUAUAUCACAUUACAUUACAGUCUUCGUAGUUUUCAUUAAGAUUUCAAUUGAUUCCGUUCUGUUUUAUUUGCUUAGUCGGAUGCUGUGACCGGAUUUCGCACGAAGUCGAUAUUGUGCACACCAAUUAAGAGAAAUCAAGAAACUAUAGGUGCCUUCAACUUUCAUAAUUAUAUAUUCUGUAUCAGUCCUUUUUAUCAACACACUAUAAUGUAUGGGAGAAAAUUUGUACAUCAUAUUAUCCUGUUUUUCCAAGGUAUUUGUCAGUUGAUAAACAAAAUAGAUGGACGUCCAUUUGACGAAAACGAUGAAAGUUUGUUUGAGGUAUAAACUAGUGUAUUUCUUUUCUACAAAUACGUGAAACAUUUUCCCUGGUAUCACUUUAUAAAUGUAGAGAAGUUUAGUUCACAUGAACUUUGUCAGCCCUCACAAUAAACUACAAUAACUACUGGAUAAUUCUGUAUGCUCUAAACUGUCCUCCAAAGAGAUCUAAUAAGAUCCCCUCACAUGCAACUCAGACGAAAUUGUGAUCAUAUAACUUUAUAGUUGAAAUCCGGUGAAAGGCACAUGAGUUCACCACUGUAUAUGUUAUGUUCGACAGGCAUUUGCAAUAUUUUGUGGGAUUGGAAUUCACAAUACAAACAUGUACGAGAAAACUUCUAAAUUGUUGGCAAAGCAAAUGGUUGCAAUGGAGGUGAGAUAUUGUACUGUUGUUGUUGGCAAUAUGUUCGAGUCGGUCGGUUUGUCGACCAGCCAGCCAGUUAGUCAGUCAGUUACAGUCAGGCUACUUGCAGGUCGGUACAGUAAACGCACGAAAGCCAGUUGAGCACCUAAAUGACCACCGUGGGAUACUAUACAACGUUAUAUUUUUUUGUUUCAAGGUUUUGUCGUAUCAUGCUCGCGCUGCUCCAGAAGACGUUAAAAGAUUGAUGGUAAAUAAAAGCAUCUUGUAUAUAUUCAAGAUUUAGGCAAUUUCGUAUAAGCGAUCCAGGGCCUGGGAAAGAGGUUGCCAGGAGAGCGAGCUCUCUAUAUAUAUAUAUCUGGAGUAAGAACUUCAUUCAUUCGGCUUAUGAGAAAAAGUGAAGCCAAGAGUUCUCCAAACUUUAAAUAGCUACUAAUUCUGGUGUGCUGUUCCAUUACUGUGAAUUACUGUAUUAAGCCCUUCCCCCUCUAAUAACGUUCCCACUCAAUUAAUCUCCCGCCCCCUCCAUUUACACAACAAAGACACAUGUGCACUGAUAAGAUUUGUUGGUCGAAGUUUAACUCAGUUCACUGUGUUUGACCUACUACGAUUCGGUGAUUACCUCUUCUUUCUGAUGCCUUUUCUGCAACAAACUUUCCGAAACGUAUCUGAAUAAGACUGGAUAGAAGAUUUACUGUUAUUGCCUUAAUUUUUUUAUACAUUUUGCUAGGAUUUUCCUGUCUCUGGUUCAGAUCAUUUCAGGCUUCAUGAUUACGCGUUCAGUGACUUUGAGCUGAAUGAUGAUGAAACUAUCCAGGCUUCGUUAAGGAUGUUCUUAGAUUUGGAUAUUUUAGACCUUUUUCAUAUUUCAUCGAAGGUGAGAUUGUUGUUUCUACAAUCCGUUUGCUCUGAUUCCCCUCAUCUCUUCACGGAUAUUACGUGCUGGACUAUUUUACAAAACUAUUAAUGAUGAUACUUGGAUAUGAUACUUGGAAGAAUACACUGUAAAACAGAUUGGUUAAAACAACCAUUGGUUAUCUGAGAUUCGUUGUCCAAUUUGUUUUUACUGUGCAAAUAACUUUGCUUGAACCGUUUGAAAGCAUUGUUAAAUUGUAACCCAUUAUAAGCUGCAAUGCUCGCCAAUGCGCCAAAGGUGUGGAAAAAAAUAGUCGAGCAACGCUCACAGGAGAUGUUGAACAGCUGCAGGAGGUUUGUUAGAUUGAAGAUUUGCAACCCUAACACUUAUGUCCCACUAUGGGCGCAACAACGUAUGGUUGACAGACAUCCUUCCCUGAAUUUCAAACCAUGCAUGGUCAACUAUAGGUGAACUAGGACACUAUGUUUAAGCAAAGAUUUAGCUUAUUUUUUCCAGCCCUGAUGCGCUCUACUUUGAUAUUUUGUCCUACUAUAUAUAUUUCUUUUUUCCUCCCUCAGACGUUUGUUAGUUGGUUGCUAAGUGUGAAGAAGAACUAUCGUCCAGUAAUCUAUCACAACUGGCGGCAUGCAUUUAAUGUUGCACAGACCAUGUUUGCUAUAUUAACGGUAUGUAAGAAUCAGAGAGUCCUCACAUACCGUAUGCCAGUUCACUGGAAUGUCAAGUUUUGGGAUUCUAAUUCUAUAUAAAUCUUGUUUUCUUCAGACAGGGACAAUGAGAAAGUAUUUCACUGAUUUGGAAUGUUUUGCCCUUCUUGUGGCCUGUCUUUGUCAUGAUCUUGACCACAGAGGAACAAAUAACACAUUUCAGUCAAAGUGAGUUUAUGUUACUGCAAAGGUUCAUGUAUUAAAACUUUCCACAAUUAUGAUGAAGAGAUAAAAGUUUAAACGAGCCAUAAAUAAACAGCGCAAACUUUCCCCGGUGUCCUCGCGAAGUGGACGUACUUUAUAUGAUCCAAAUCCUCCUUUUAUAACACAGAAUUUUUCAGAAUUGUUGCAUUUGUAUAGAUUUUAAAUUUUUGGUGUAUAAUUUGUCUUGGUGUAUGAACCUCUACUGGCUCAGCAGAACUUUUUUCGGUUGGUCAUACACGUCAGUUUUUCUUCGGGUACUUCAAUUUUUGCACAACAAAGUUAUGUCUGAUAAGAUUUGAUACGAUUUCUUUUUCCUUUCCUGUAGGAUCGAAUCACCUUUAGCGCAAUUGUAUGGCACAUCGACAAUGGAACAUCAUCAUUUUGAUCAUUGUAUCAUGAUCUUAAACAGUGAGGUAAAUGUCUUUAUGUGUGGUUCUAAUAUCUUGUGUAGCAGCCACUGCAGAAAAAUAGAAGAAUCGGAUGACAUUCCGAUGACUUUAUCACGAUGGCACCAUUCGUACGUCAAGUGUGGCUGUUCGCAUGGCAAAGUACUGGAAUAGCCAAGCAUUGGUGAUCUUUUUUUGAUCUUUUUUUCUUUUUUGUGAAAGAGUUUGGAUGUAUUUUUUCUUUUGUAUGCUGUUAGUCUUUACUAGUUGGAGAGAUAUAUCGGCAUUCUGUUGCCAUGAUCAUAUAGAAACCAUGCUUAACAUUUGAUAACGGUCGUUUCACUUGUUAUUAUUUCAGGGAAAUAAUAUUUUCUCGGAACUGCCUCCGGACGAUUAUCGGAAUGCGAUAAAGUAUCUUGAACAUGCAAUUUUAUCAACAGAUUUACAAAUUUAUUUCAAGUAAGCUGAUAUUUGUUUGUGGGGUUUUUCUACGUUUUCGCUGUUUUGUCCUUCUUUUUCCCUAGCUUAUAACAUCACCUUAAAGAUGAAAACCCCGCAAUCAGAGUACUAAAUGCACUUGUUCUGCUGAAAACAUCAAUAAGAUACCUUGAUUACGACAUGCAUGCAUGUACUUACUUUACAAAAUCAUAUUUGAUUUUGUACUCUUUAGUUUGAAAACUCCUCGCCAUACUUCAGCAACUGAGCUGAAACUCGAGCUAAAAAUGUUCCUCUAUCUUGGUUGUUUGUCCGUUUGUAUAUUAUCUGCAUGUCCUUCAUUAUUAGGAUAGUAUCUCAUCUCUCACUAAUUACAUUAUUACAUUCAAAUUUCAGAAAACGAAGUGAAUUUUCACAAAUUAUCAAGGCCAAUGCACCACCAGAAUGGAAACAAAACUGUCAGAACCGAGCUCUUUUGAGGUAGAAAUUCAGUCUUUAGAGAUACGUGUUAAGCUGGAGUAAUACGAGUGUUUGAAACUUUAUAUAUUUCUAAUAUUAUUACAUGAAGUAUUACGAUAACAAAUAAAUUUAAAGUAAUGUUGCGUAAUCUGUCACAGUCCCCGGGUUGAUCAUUUAACAUGAUCAAAUGACUAACUUAAACUAAAUAUGAACUGAUGAACAUUUUCCUAAUGUUUUUACGUUUGUUCUGAUUCCUAAUGUUUUUACGUUUGUUUUGACAGUUUUCGUACAAGUUCUCCUCGAACAGCUGCCUUUCUUUUUGGUCGAUUCUUCUUCUCUACAACGGCAGUCUUAACAUCAAUGUCUAAUGGUUUUGUACUGAGAUCUUGUGUUCCGGAUGAUUCUUCAUUCACAUCAACUAGUUCUUCUUCAUGCUUGUUUCCGAUUUUCGAGCGAAUUUCCAAUGGGAUUAAAUGUUGUAUAGGUCUUCGUAUGAUGAUAGGCUUUCGAGUCUCACUGUUCAACACUCGAAUCUUCGCUGAUUUUACAACACCGUCAAUACUUCGAAUAAGCUCUUCGACCUUCGCUAUUUUCCAAAAUAACCGUUUCGUGCUCUCCUUCUUCAAAAUUACAAUGUCUCCUUCGACAAUUACGUCCCUUGUACCGUUGUUACUCGAUCUCGCUGCUUCGCGAAUACUUAGCAAAUAUUCUCGUCUCCAUUGUUUAGUGAAUUCCUUUAGUAGAGUUUUGUGAUGUCGAGCUCGUCUUGUCAAAGACUCGUUUGUGCUCACUAUCUCGAACUGUCUGUCGUUUGGCGUAGUCGUCGUUCUCCGUCCAUAAAGUAGACAAGAUGGCGUAAGGGGGUACGAUAUGCCCUCUUCAUCAUCGUAUAUGUACGUAAUUGGACGAUUAUUUAACGUUGACUCAAUCUCGAUCAAGAUCGUGCGUAACUCUUCAAACGAUAACGUAGCUCGACCAAUGGACUUUUUUAGGCACCUUUUAACACUCUUUAUCAAACGUUCCCAAAAACCCCCGUGCCAUGGGGCCUUUUCGAUAAUGUAUUUCCAAGAAACGCCAUUUUUUGCGAGAUGUUGUUGCACUUCGGGAGAACGCUUAAUUUUUGACAGUUCCUUGCUAGCGGAUUUAAAUGUCUUUGCGUUAUCUGAAAUUAUCAUUCUUGGAAGUCCUCUCCGACCUGAAAAUCUACGAAAUGCUUGUAAGAAUCCUUCGGCUGAUAAACUCGGAAGCAGUUCUACAUGAAUUCCACGUGUUGACGCACAAGUAAAUAGAGCGAUGUAUGACUUUUUUGUUGAUUGUUGACCACACUUUGAGUUCUCUUUGACGUUGAGGGGUCCAGCGAAAUCCACUCCUGUGUAACUAAAGGGAGGGUCAUCACUUGUUCGCCAAGAUGGUAGGUGCGGAGUCUUGGGCGUAGGGUACGGCUUCCCUUCUAAUCUUUUACAAGUCACACAUUUACGUAGAACUCGCUUGACUGCUUGCCUUCCAUGUAGGAUCCAGUAUCUUUCUCGAAUACGGUUCAGUGUUCCUUUAAUACCAGUGUGGUUUGCUGAAUCGUGAUGUUCUUGGAUGAUCAAAUCUGUAACGUGAUGCUUUGCGGGAAGGAGUACAGGUUUCUUAGCUUCAGAAGAAACAGAAGAAUGUUCAAUUCGUCCUUCACAGCGUAUCAUUCCUUUUUCGUCCAGAAAUAAGCGUAGUUGAUCAAGCCUUGAGCUGGAAGUUUUCGUACGAUUAACUAAUUGUUUAACUUCUUCGGGAAACAUAUUGCUCUGAAUAUCCUUUAUCCAUAUCUGUUCGGCUUCGAUCAGUUCGUCUGCUGAUAGUUCUGACGUUUUAUCUACGGUUUGUCCUUUAAUCUUCCUCACGAACCUAAAUACGUAAGCUGUCACUCGUAAUAAACGUGUUUUCGAGCUAUAUCGAUGACAAUCCAUCACCCUGCCGACAUUAACUGUGUUAUGUUUCUUCUCUAAGACUGUAAGGGAAUGAGUUGUUGACUCGUUGACUGAUUUCACCGUUUCCGAUAAUGCGAUUUCACUUUCUGUUCCAUUACAUCGAGGAGGUUUCGGCCAGUUUUCUUCUGAUAACUUCAGGAAUUUAGGACCAUGGAACCAUUCGUCGUUUUUAACCAGUGCUGCUCCACUACAACCUCGCGAAGGUAAGUCUGCAAUGUUAAAUUCUCCUGGGCAGAACAUCCAUUUAUCCUCUCCAACGAGUUUUCGAAUUUCGUCGACUCUUCUCU